CCUCAUUGGCCUUCCUAGUUGGCGCGGUAGGUGAGUGACCCCAAUUCGUCCCUUUCAUAAAUUGGCCUCUCUUCACGUUCAUCUCAUUCUCCCCCUCCUUCCGUCCGCCACCAAAUCUCCAGCUAAUCUCCCUCCCUCCCUCUUUCUCUCACUUUCUGUGGGACCCACGGCCUGCAAUGAUCAUCAACGUGAAGGCGUCCACCAUGGUGCGGCCGGCGGAGGAGACGCCUAGGCGGGCGCUCUGGAACUCCAACGUCGACCUGGUCGUGCCUAACUUCCACACGCCCAGCGUCUACUUUUACCGGCCCACCGGUGCCGCCGACUUCUUCGACGCGGAGGUUAUGAAGCAAGCUCUCGCUAAGGCUCUUGUUCCGUUCUACCCGAUGGCCGGCCGGCUCCGCCGCGAUGAGGACGGUCGUGUCGAGAUUGAUUGUAACGGUGAGGGUGUGCUCUUGGUCGAGGCCGAGACCACUGGCGUGAUUGACGAUUUCGGUGACUUCGCUCCCACGCUCGAGCUCCGGCAGCUUAUUCCCGCCGUCGAUUAUUCUGGUGGAAUCGAAACGUACCCAUUGUUGGUAUUGCAGGUAACGCGCUUUAAAUGCGGAGGUGUCUCACUGGGUGUCGGUAUGCAACACCACGCAGCAGAUGGGUUCUCUGGCCUUCACUUCAUCAACACAUGGUCUGACAUGGCUCGUGGCUUUGACCUCACCGUCCCGCCCUUCAUUGACCGCACUUUGCUCCGAGCACGUGACCCACCUCAGCCUGUCUUUGAGCACAUUGAAUACAAGCUCCCUCCAACCAUGAAGACCCCUCUUCAAGUGCAACCCUCAAAACCAGGUUCAGACAAUAAUGCUUCAGCAGCAGUCUCCAUCUUCAAGAUGACUCGUGACCAGCUCAAUGCCCUGAAAGCCAAGUCCAAAGAAGAUGGUAACACCAUCAACUAUAGCUCUUAUGAGAUGCUUGCUGGUCAUGUCUGGAGAAGCACGUGCAAGGCACGUGGGCUUCCCCAUGAUCAAGAGACCAAGUUGUACAUUGCAACUGAUGGACGGUCUAGAUUACAGCCACCCCUUCCACCAGGUUACUUUGGGAACGUGAUCUUCACGGCCACGCCCAUGGCUGUGGCUGGUGAUCUCAUGUCAAAACCAACUUGGUUUGCAGCCAGCAGGAUUCAUAAUGCACUUGCCAGAAUGGACAAUGAGUAUUUGAGAUCGGCUCUGGACUAUCUAGAGCUUCAACCUGAUCUGAAAGCUCUGGUUCGUGGGGCUCAUACUUUCAGGUGUCCAAAUCUUGGAAUCACAAGUUGGGUUAGGCUUCCAAUACAUGAUGCUGAUUUUGGAUGGGGAAGGCCUAUAUUUAUGGGACCUGGUGGGAUUGCAUAUGAAGGACUAUCUUUUAUAAUUCCAAGCUCAGCAAACGAUGGAACCUUGUCAGUGGCAAUAGCUCUACAGCCUGAGCACAUGAAGGUGUUCAAGGAAGUCUUGUAUGAGAUUUGAUGCAGAGGCCUUCAGGAACGCCAAAAUGCUCAAAGGGGUGUUUUUCUUUCUUUUGGAAAAACAAAAAUUUACUUUGGUUUAACCAUAUUUACAUGUGUCAUUAUUGAGACUCGUUCCAUUUUACCAGAGACUAUCAUAUGGCUCUGCAUAGUAUAGUAUAGUUCUGUAAACUUAAAAGGAACUUCAGAAACAAGUGCAAUACUUGUUUUGGAUCACAUCUGAGAAAGAUUUGUUGAACAAAUGCCAUUUUGUCAGGGUAAGCUAUGUAGCUUAUGCUAUGCAUGAGUUUAUCCGCGGCAAUAGCUCUGCAGCCUGAGCAUGAUGGUGUUUUAGGAUUUGUUGUAUAGCAUUUGAGGAAUUGAAAAUGACUACUGACUUAUUUCUAUAA